GUUCAGUCAAGAUCAGAUGCGAGCCAUGCUGCAUUUCGUCCAAGCGCCCUUUACCCAUGUGUCAGAUAUAUAUACUCGCACGCUUUCUUGUUUCUCUAAAGGCUAGAAUCCGCUUUUUCUUAUGUCAGCCCCCAUGGAGAACAAGAGCCUGUCGUCAAGCCAGUACAAGAGCAGAGGACUUGAUCUGACUUAAUAAAAAGACAGAUUCUUGCUCGUGGUUCAACAACAACUUGCUCCCCUUCAAUACUCGAUGUCUUCCUCCGAGUCUGCUCAACAUACUGAUGCUGGCCAACUUCAAUCUGACGAAGCAGCUGCGCAAAAACUGUGGCGAAUGAUUGGCGCCCGUGUUGCAGCCUAUCAGUCUAUAUCUGCCUGCAGGGAAGCAAUAGCAAACAUCGAUAGGCUUAAGUCUGCGUUGGAUAGUAUGGAUGAGGCUAACGAGACCAGCCAGUAUUUGAUCUUGGGCUACAUCUUUGAGCAGUCCUCAAAGGCGAGUAAAAUCUCGGAUCCUGUUUUGGUCCUUCAGGAUGUCACUACGCGGGCUUUCUUGGACCAGCUAGAUGGCGAAAUCAAAAAGGUCGUCGAGGGAGAAAUCACAUUCCAGUCUUGGAAAAUACCGAAUUCUUUGCCUCCUGAUGUGCUUCCCCAUCUCACCAACCUUAGCCUUCCAACACUAACGCAAAAUCCUCAUCGUCCCGAAUUAUUGCUGUACAAGUUGGGUUCAUUUCAGAAUAAUAAGGAUCUACAAGCACGGGUUCAGCCCUUUCUUAGCCAUGAUCAUAAGAUUUUUGUCAACAGUGCUGGCUCAGGGAAGACUCGUCUAAUGAUGGAGACUCUUUGUCAGUCCUGGGGUUUCUAUCUUUCAUGCUCUCCGAUGCUUGACACUACCAGCAACCUUGGUUCGCAUGAUCUAUGGGAAGCCUAUGAUAUUCUUUUUAGAUUGCCUGGCUUCACGGCAGAUGUCCCCACAAAUAAGACCGACCCAUCCUUCCUGCACAAUGAUGAACUAUCGAAGUCUCUGUUCACGGCAGUCCUUCUUGCCCGUCUGAUUAUCUUCUACCAAUUUCUGCGACACGUUCCGCCGGAUCAGAUAUCAAACAACGUCUACAAAGCACGGUGGACUGCUCUCCAAGUUCAGCCAGGCAUGAUUAGGCACUUCGGUGACAUAUUUGUCAGUCUGCUCACACAUCUUCAAACCCUCCAUCGAAGAGCUCUGGAGGAACAAUGUAAAUCUAUAUCCGCCUGUAUCGCCGAACUGCUUAGUCCGGAGGACAACCAUUUAUUGAUUGUGAUCGACGAGGCUCAAAUCGCUGCCGAACUGCUUCCUUCGGCCUUCCUUUCUCUAUCUUCAACCGCUACCGUUCAUAGACCGCUCCUUCGACAGAUUGUCGAAUCUUGGUGCCAUGCUCUGGGACGAUCGUGUCUCGGUCUUUCCUACCAUUUUAUUAUCGCAGGCUCAGCAUUGUCAGCGAAGGAGAUUCAGGAAGCUGUGGCAUCCAGUCUGCAAAAGGGGACUUCAUUUGUAGAAGCAUGGGAUACCGGCUGCUUUGAUGAUCAGAGCCGUCAGCGGGACUACGUCCUUCAGUUCAUUCCUGACCAUCUCAGGAAUGACCAAUCUAUUACGGUAUUACUGGAGAGAAUUUGGAUGUGGCUACGUGGACGGCAUCGUUUUACUUCAAACCUCCUCUGCUUGCUUAUCACCCAAGGCUUUCAAGAUCCUUUGGUCGUGUUCAAUGCCUUUGUUGAGCACGUCGCAGGGUUCACACCGACCGAUUUCAUCCUGCUUCCCAGGCAGCAGGCCUUGACUGCGAGUAUCCCUAUGUUUACCGAUCCCUUACGGAAACAGUUUGAUCAGCUCGAAGAUGAAAUGAAAAUGGAACUUCGAAAUGUCGCGUACAAAUCCUUUGGGAGCACCGCGAGGUUUCUCGAACUCGGCAUCGCGCGAUUUUGCAAAGAGGCACACCUUGGAGCACGUAUCCAUGAACCAUUGGUUCUCAUGGCUGCAGUAGCAUACUUCAAUCAGCUGCAUAGCCCUUUCGAUAAUGGUCUCUCCGCAUAUGUUUGCAAAAACUUUCGGAACAGUCCCUCGGACAGCACUUUCAGAGACUACCUGGCAUUCUAUCUUGCCUCUGCGCUUGCGGUACCUCAGAAGCUGGGAGACCUCUUCUCUUUCCCUGGCGGUGACCAUGGGCUAGGAUCCAGACAUGCUCAUCUCGUGGCACUGCGUGACUUUACCGAGAAUCCUACCGAGCCUCCUCGACGAUAUCCGAUAAAGGGUACCUGGAACGUAUCUGGGCUGAACCAUCGUUAUUUACCGGAAUAUGGGGGUCUCCUGACUUCUCGGGCGGCUGAUAGUAAAAUCAGCGAGCACACUGAAAACUACUUUGGUUUUGUGACUCACAUAAGACCAGAUGACCACAUUGGGAUAUUCUAUCCAGAGACGGCGAUGGGGCCUAGCAUGCUCUUUCUGGUGGAACUCGACGAUAGCUCGCCAGAUACCUUGGGACAGCCACAGUAUCUAUGGAUAGCAGUUAAAGUCAUGGUUGGCCAGGCGAGCAGACUCAGUCCUUUCCAGAUAAAACAGUAUGUGGACGCUGUUACUCCCAAACACUUCUUCAAGACGUACUCUGACUACUAUGGACAAGGACAUCGAUUAGAUCUAUUGAGGGGAAUGAUUGAAGGAAUCCCAGAGCCUAAUAUGUGCCCGGAGGGUGGAAAGUACAAUGUUCUUCGGGUGCUUGCAGGAUUUCCGGGACAGUUUGAAGAUAUUCACAGGAAUGACGACGACGAAGAUGACCAUCCCCUUGCGACGUUGAGGAUGGAUCGGCUUAAGCGUCCAUCGCAAUCGACAAACCCUGAGCAGUUCAUCGAGACAAUGGAGGAAUGGCUGAAGAAAGAGAAUUGGUCCCCACCCAACAUCCAUUAGGAUACUUUCUAUCGGCGAGAAAUUCAUUACUAUAUUGCUAUACAUAAAUGUAAAUUUGGUUCAGUAGAAAUUAUACUAGGAUUCGGAAUGUUUGAAUGCAGUCCUCAUUGGCUCCGGUGCCACACGGGUAAUAAUAG